CGGAUGGCCGCGGUGCUGCCGGGGGCGGCGGGGCGCGGAGCCGGAGGCUCCACAUCUGUUUGUUACAAGCCUACCAGCCCAGUCCAGGUACUGGAAGAUGCUGGGUUUCUUUACCAGGAUCACCAGUUGUUUGCUGGCAGGCAUGACGUUUCUCCGCUAACAGCUGAAGUGAUCAGUGCCAAAGAAAAAGCUGCCGAGGAGACCCUCUGCACCCUGCGUCCACCCAGCUUCCGCCGGGUCCCAGAGACGGAGAUGCGAGGGGCAGAGGAGGUGGCAGCCGGCACCGUCCUGCAGCGCCUGAUCCAGGAGCGGCUGAGGUAUGGCAACCCCAACGAGAACAUGAACCUGCUGGCCAUACAGCACCAGGCGACGGGCAGCGCCGGCCCCUCCAACAGCACUGCCAGCACUCUCUCCUCCGCAGAAAACCUUGCUCCCGAAGACCUGCCAAUGGUCCAGCCGUCAGGGCGGCAGGAACCACAGGGGCAGGAGCACCAGGGGGACGGUGCUGCGAUGGAGAAGCAGCCCCGGGCCCCGCAGCCCCCGCACGGCACCGAGGAGCUCCCCACUUAUGAGGAGGCCAAGGCUCAGUCUCAAUUUUUCCGUGGCCAGCCCCCGCAGCCGGCCACCCCUGCCACCCCAGGUUUUUAUGGCUCCUCCAGCCAGAAGUCCAGGACGGAGGGGAGGCCGACAGUGAACCGGGCCAACAGUGGGCAGGCUCAUAAGGAUGAGGCACUGAAGGAGUUGAAGCAGGGCCACGUCCGCUCGCUGAGCGAAAGGAUCAUGCAGCUCUCACUGGAGAGGAAUGGGGCUAAGCAGCACCCUCCAGCCUCGGGAGGCGGGAAGGGCUUCAAGGCAGCCCCACCACCUGGCAAGGCCACAGACCCACGGGGCCCACCGCCCGAGUACCCCUACAAAGCCAAGGCAGCAGCCCCAGGCAGCAAGGCACAGGAGCACGGGCUCUUCUAUGGUGAGCAGCCGACACAGGACGUCCUCAAGGCCACCUAUGCCAACCCCCAGCCUGCCCGGGCAGAGCUGGCCCUGGUCCGCUACCAGCCUCCCCCAGAGUACGGGGUCAGCAGCCGACAAUGCCAGCCACCCUUUCCACCGCCGCCAGCCCAGCAGCACAGCCCCAUGUCCUCGCAGGCCACUGCAGGCCCUCUGCUCCCAGGCUCCUUGCCCUCGCUGCCGGCCCCUGCUGCUGCCCAGACUCCGACGCUACCGGGCCAGCAGCUGACACCCGACGCCUUUGCCAUAGUGGAGCGGGCACAGCAGAUGGUAGAAAUGCUCUCCGAGGAGAACCACGUGCUGCGUCAGGAGCUGGAGGGGUACUAUGAGAAGGCAGACAAGCUGCAGAAGUUUGAAAUAGAGAUUCAGAGGAUUUCAGAAGCUUAUGAGGGCUUGGUCAAGACCACCACUAAAAGGGAGUCUCUGGACAAAGCAAUGAGAAACAAACUUGAAGGAGAAAUUAGGAGACUUCAUGACUUCAACAGGGAUCUCCGUGAACGACUGGAGACGGCCAAUAGGCAGCUAGCUAGCAGAGACUUCGAUGGGCACGAGGAUAAGGCAACAGAGGGCCUUUAUGCCACUCAGAACAAAGAGCACUUGAAGGAGAAGGAAAAGUUGGAGAUGGAGCUGGCAGCUGUGCGUUCUGCCAAUGAGGACCAGCGGAGGCACAUUGAAAUCCUUGACCAGGCCCUAAACAAUGCGCAAGCCAAGGUCAUCAAACUGGAAGAGGAGCUGCGCAGGAAACAGGCCUACGUGGAGAAGGUGGAAAAGCUGCAGCAGGCGCUGACACAGCUGCAGGCAGCCUGCGAGAAGAGGGAGCAGAUGGAGCGGCGGCUGCGCACACGCCUGGAGCGGGAGCUGGACUCACUGAGGAUGCAGCAGAGGCAGGGCAGCUACCAGGCAAGCAGCCUUCCGGAGCAGAAUGCCCCAGCCCUGAUGGAGCUGGUGCGGGAGAAGGAGGAGAGGAUCUUGGCCCUGGAAGCUGACAUGACCAAGUGGGAGCAGAAGUACCUGGAGGAGAGUACGAUCCGGCACUUUGCCAUGAAUGCUGCAGCCACAGCUGCAACAGAGAGGGAUGCCUCGGCCCCAAGCCACUCACGCAAUGGCAGCUACGGCGAGAUGGCGUUGGAGGUGCGGGGCUGGCAGGAGGAGGAGGAGAUCGUGCAAGCCAACCGGCGCUGCCAGGACAUGGAGUACACAAUAAAGAAUCUCCAUGCCAAAAUAAUUGAGAAGGAUGCCAUGAUCAAGGUCCUUCAGCAACGGUCACGAAAAGAUCCAGGGAAAGCUGACAGUGCCAGCCUGCGACCAGCUCGGUCUGUCCCCUCCAUCGCCGCUGCUACGGGGGUGCAUUCACGCCAGACCUCGCUCACCAGCAACCAGAUAGCUGAGGAGAGGAAGGAAGAGAAGCUCUGGAAGGGAAGCAUAGGGCUGCUCUUGGGGAAGGAGCACCACGACCACCCACCAGGCCCCUCGCUGCCUCCUCCUCUGCCCUCCUUGUCGUGCAUGCCUGUCCCAGUGCCAGCAGCCUCCCACGCGAAGACGGCCAGCAAAGACAGCAGCACCCAGACGGACAAAGCUGCCGAGCUCUUCUGGCCCGGCACUGCCUCCUUCCCCGGCCGGGGACGGCUGGGUACCACCCCAUCACACAGCCCAGCUCCACGGGGCCCGGGGACACGAGUGGCCUGCGAGAAGAUGGAGAGCUCCGGCCACACGAAGCUGCCUGACAGCAAAGGCAGAGUGAGCAGCUUGCUCCACAAGCCUGAGUUUCCAGAUCAGGACAUGAUGGAAGUCCUCAUCUGAGCAGAGGACAACAUCUCUGGGGUUUUGUGUGUGUACAGCCAGGUCCAAGAUGGUCCUCGGUGUGCCAGCCUUGAAAACUAACCCUUACAGUUUGAAGGAAGAGAAAGUUUUUGCCCGAAAUGAA